AUGUCUCCGCGGCUUGAUUAUGAGCACGACCGCCCCAAGCCCAAAUUUGGGCACCUGCCCCUCAGCACGAGCGGCCCACUAGAAUGUGCUCUUAAAGGCACUGUUCUCCUCAACCACUCAUACUUCAACAAGGGGUCUGCCUUCACAAAGGAGGAACGCCGCGACUUCGAGCUGUCGGGUUUGUUACCGCAAAGCAUUCAGACGCUGGAUCAGCAAGUGCAGCGAGCAUACGAGCAAUACUCUGCGCGACCGGACGAUCUUGCCAAGAAUACCUUUCUGACGUCCAUGAAGGAGCAAAAUGAGGUGCUGUACUUCAAGAUGUUCAGCGUUGUCUACACGCCCACCGAAGGGGACGCCAUUGAGAAUUUCUCGCGGCUGUUCAGGAGGCCGCAAGGCGUAUUUUUGAACGUCCACGACUGCGACCGGGUGCAUCACGAUUUAUCGUUGUGGGGGAUGCCCGACGAUAUCGACUACAUUGUUGUGACAGGUGCGACAUUUCAUCCCCGAGCUCGGUCGAGGUUGCGGUAUCAACUAACCAAACUAGACGGCGAGGAGAUACUCGGCAUCGGAGAUCAGGGAUGCGGGGGAAUCCUGAUAUCCGUGGCCAAGCUGGCCCUCAUGACCCUCUGCGCGGGCAUUCACCCGAAUCGGGUUUUGCCGGUGGUCUUGGACUGUGGUACUGACAAUGAGACCCUCUUGAACGACCCGCUGUACCUAGGCCUCAGAGAGAAGCGGGUCCGGGCACGGCGACUCCUCGAUCGGUGGCGGCCAGACAUUCCCUGCUUCAACGAUGACGUCCAAGGAACUGGGUGUGUGACCCUGGCCGCCAUAUUCGCCGGCCUGCACGUCUCGAAGACGAAGUUGGGCGACCUUCGCAUGGUUGUGUUUGGUGGGGGGACAGCCGGUGUCGGUAUCGCAGAUCAAGUCCGAGACGCCAUCGCGACCGAGCGGGGGAUCACCAAGGAGGAAGCUGCACGACAGAUAUGGCUCAUUGACAAACCCGGGCUUCUGACGAACCAAGUCGAGAGGCUCUCCGAUGCCCAGAAAACCUAUGCCAGGUCCGAAGAUUGGACCGAUAAGGAAACAGACCUGUUGGGAGUGGUCAAGGAGGUCAAGCCGAAUGUGCUGGUCGGUACAUCCACUGUGCCAAAGGCGUUCACGGAAGAGAUCGUCCGCGAGAUGGCAGCCCAUGUCGAGCGGCCCAUCAUCCUCCCGUUGUCCAACCCUACGAGACUGCAUGAAGCGGCCCCUGCCAACUUGCUCUCAUGGACUAACGGCAAGGCGCUCGUGGCCACGGGCAGCCCGUUCAAACCCGUCAAAGGCCCAUGGGGGCCGGACGGUAAGGAGGUGCAGAUCGAGGUGGCCGAAUGCAACAAUAGUGUCGUUUUUCCCGGAAUAGGGCUUGGGAGCGUGUUGUGUCGGGCCAGACUUGUCACCGACAAGAUGCUAAUUGCGGCAGUGAAUGGCGUGGUGGGACACAGCCCAGCGCUGGCAAACGAUACGGCGCCACUGUUGCCGGGGGUAGACAAAGUGCGCGAGGUGAGCGUCAGAGUUGCGCGGGAGGUGAUUCAAGCUGCCGUGGAGGAAGGGGUAGCAACGGAAGAAGGCAUCCCAAAGGACGAAAAAGAGCUGGAUGGAUGGAUCAUGGAGCAGAUGUGGGAUCCAGUUUACCGGCCGCUUCAGUAUGUCGAGGCUCACAGCGCGAGCCGUCAGGCCAAAGGCGAACUGCGUGUCGUUGGGAGCUUGCCGCAGCGCAAAUGA